UCGGCGGAAGUGAUCUCACCGCAUGAAUUGACUUAAAUACUCGAGAACACCCUCUUCUUCAACGUAGACAUUCGAUCCUAUUCCCGAUACUCAUUAACUAGUCCAAUAACAUUCGCCGACCACCUACGACAUCACAAAAUGCAGCUCACAACCCUUGCCGCCGCCCUCGCAGCCCUCGCCGCCACCGCGACCGCGACACCAAUCAUGGGCACCAUCAAAAUGUUCUACGACGCCGCCUCCGAUUGCACGGGGAACCCGCUGCAGAUGGAGACGGGAACGCUGCGCGGGCAGGCCAUGGCGAUUCCGCCCGAUUAUGUUGGACAGUGUCACCAGAUUCCGGUUGGGAUUGAUAAUUCUACGUAUAAGAAGUUUUCGGCGAGCGGGCUUACGCCUGUUUUCAGCUUUGAGUUGUAUACGGAUGCCGAGUGUCAGAAUCUGGCGACGAAUGUGUCGAAUGUUUGCGUGCCUGAUGUUCAUUCUUAUAUUGGUCGUCGCUUGGAUGGAAACUGAGGGUUGGGCAUCGCGAAGCAUUAAAUGAUAAAAGCAUAUGAUGAGGUCAAACUCGACAGUAUUUGGGGACGAAUUCCCGCCUUGAGUCCGAGUCCAAUUCCGAUUCCGCGAGGAGACGUUUAGAAGCCGACGAGAGUGUCCUUGAAAGGCACAGGAUGGUCUCCACAAUGUUGAAAAUUGAUCUGGGUGGACGACUUUGGACUAUGAAUUGCUGGCUCUGCUUAAGGGCAGAGUUGUGUCGACGUUUCCCAAGCUACCUUAAUGAACAACGCAAUGAACUCUUUAAA